UCGCACUGUGCGCGUUCCCGUACAGAGGCACGCCGGUUGCCACGUCACCUGCACAGUCGUCAUCGCAUAAACAGUAAAGAUGGCGGCCUCCGUCCGGGAGAAACAGACAGCUGCUCUAAAGCGAAUGCUAAACUUCAAUGCCCCACCAAUUAAAAACACAGCAUCUGAACCGGUAUGGAAGGUUCUUAUUUAUGAUCGCUUUGGCCAAGACAUCAUAUCUCCCCUGCUGUCUGUGAAAGAGUUACGAGACAUGGGCAUCACUCUCCACCUCUUGUUGCACUCUGAUCGCGAUCCCAUUCCAGAUGUUCCUGCCAUUUACUUUGUAAUGCCCACAGAGGAGAACAUUGACAGGAUAUGUCAAGACCUGCGAAACCAACUCUAUGAGUUCUACUACCUAAACUUCAUCUCUGCCAUCUCCAGAAGCAAGUUAGAGGAUAUAGCAAGUGCUGCUCUAGCAGCCAAUGCAGUAACCCAGGUGACCAAAGUGUUUGAUCAGUAUUUGAACUUCAUCACGCUUGAAGAUGAAAUGUUCAUUCUCUGUAAUCAAAACAAAGAACACAUUUCCUAUCACGCAAUCAACAAACCAGAUAUAAUGGACACAGAUAUGGAGGCCAUCAUGGACACUAUAGUGGAUAGCCUCUUCUGCUUCUUUGUUACUCUUGGUGCUGUCCCAAUAAUCCGAUGUCCACGAGGGAAUGCUGCAGAAAUGGUAGCCGUGAAACUUGACAAGAAACUGAGAGAGAAUCUGCGAGACGCUCGUAACAGCCUGUUUACCGGAGACACCAUGGGCACUGGCCAGUUCAGUUUUCAAAGGCCGCUGUUUGUUCUUGCCGACCGUAACCUUGAUCUAGCAACUCCUCUUCACCACACUUGGACAUACCAAGCUCUCAUUCAUGAUGUGCUGGACUUCCAUCUGAACCGGGUCAGUGUGGAGGAGUCUCAAGGGUCAGAGACCAGUCCAGCCGGGGCACGACCCAAAAAGAAGAACAAGAAGAGCUAUGAUCUCACUGCUGCUGACAAAUUUUGGCAGAAACACAAAGGAAGUCCAUUUCCUGAGGUUGCAGAAGCCGUGCAGGAGGAACUGGAUUCAUAUCGUACCCAAGAGGAUGAGGUUAAACGUCUCAAGAGCAUCAUGGGCCUGGAGGGGGAGGAUGAUGGAGCCAUUAGUAUGUUGUCAGAUAACACCGCCAAACUUACUUCAGCUGUCAGUUCCCUUCCUGAGCUUCUGGAGAAGAAGAGAUUGAUUGACCUCCACACCAACGUCGCCACAGCAGUUUUGGACCACAUCAAGAGCCGCAAGCUGGAUGUGUAUUUUGAGUAUGAGGAAAAGCUCAUGAGCAAAUCUAAUCUUGAUAAAUCUCUUCUGGACAUUAUCAGCGAUCCGGACGCUGGAACAGCAGAGGAUAAGAUGAGGUUGUUUCUGAUCUACUACAUCACUUCCCAGCAGCCCCCAUCUGAGGUUGAUCUAGAGCAGUACAAAAAAGCAAUGCUUGAUGCAGGCUGUGACCUGUCCCCACUCAACUACAUCAAGCAGUGGAAAGCUUUCACCAAGAUGGCUGCAACUCCCGCCAAUUAUGGGAGUAGUGGAGUAAAACCAAUGGGACUUUUCUCGAGGGUAAUGAACACUGGAUCCCAGUUUGUGAUGGAGGGGGUGAAAAAUCUAGUUCUUAAACAGCAUAACCUGCCAGUUACUCGCAUCUUGGACAACUUGAUGGAAAUGAAGUCAAAUCCGGAGACAGAUGACUACAGAUAUUUUGAUCCAAAGAUGCUUCGCGGAAGCGAGAGCUCCGUUCCAAGAAACAAGAACCCCUUUCAGGAGGCCAUAGUCUUUGUCGUUGGUGGAGGCAAUUACAUAGAGUAUCAAAAUCUUGUUGACUACACAAAGGCCAGGCCAGGGAAGCGGGUUCUUUAUGGAUGUAGUGAGCUUUUCAAUGCUUCCAUGUUCAUUAAACAGCUUUCACAACUUGGUCAGAAAUAAGAAGAGCGGUGAGGUCCAGUUAUCCACCUGUCUAAAAAAAUAAAAAAAUCAAGAUCUCUUCAUUUACACGCCAAUAAAAUUGCUCUAACUUCAGAAUCAUUGAUAUUCCAUGUACUUUAUACUGUUUUCCUAUACUAUUUAAUUCAAUACUAAUGGUUCUCAACAAUAAAGUUCUAACCGUCUCAAGCAGAAA